AUGCCGGGAGAGGAGGCAAGCGUCAACGUCCGGGAGGCUCUGUAUCCGGAGCUUGAUCCGAAGGGCGGACCGGGAGCAAAGUUUCCGCUUCCGUCUUUAAUAAAAGCUUUGCUAGAAGAUGCCCGAGGCCAAGCGGCCAAAUUUCAAAUAAAGGACCCCUACAUCCUUGUCCGACCCGAUGCCAACCAUACCAUAUUAUCACCACCGCCGGGAUGCACGGCAUUUUAUUACAAGGCAAUGGAACUAGGUCUCAGAUUCCCGCUGACCCAGUUUGAGAAAGAUCUCUUAAAUGCCUACAAUUUGUGCUUGGGUCAGCUUUCUCCAAACUCUUGGGGCGGCAUUUUAGCGGUUCAAGUGAUCUGCGACAUCAUCGGUGUCAAACCGACCCUGACCCUUUGGCGGCAUAUGUAUAAAUUGUUCGAAAUGCCAGCCGGGGAUCAUGGUCCGGGCUGGUGGUGCUUCCAGGCUCGGCGGGGCUACCGUACCGUCCUCGAUCUCCCUACUUCUCAAAAGGGGUUCCGCCGAGGGUUCGCCUUUGUAUACUUUGGUGGGGAAUGGGGCAUCCCCACCGUGCCCCCGUCAUCCGAGCCAAACCACUGCCUGAACUUCAAGGUGCCAGAGCUAUCCGACGAGGAAGCUGUGGCCGCCAUCUACUUUCAACUGGAGGCUAAGAUAGUCGAUGGUGGCGAAGUGUUCGUAGCGGGGAACUGGCUCCCGAGCUGCAAAUUGUUCAAGAACGAGCACUUCCUCGCUGCAUUUGGCCUGAGUCCGGCCUUUCCCAAGGAAGCUUCCUUAGCUUACAUAAAGGAAACUGACCAAGAGAUGGCCGAGCGACUGACCUCCGCGGCAUUGAAGGCGGCUCGGAUUAGGGCCGAGAUGAAGGCCAACAAGAUUAACAAGCCUUCUAAGCCAAAAGAUCCUUCCAACCCUAAGCCGAGGAAGCGCAAGGAGCGCGCCGAGGAGAGGGUUGAGAUGACGGAAAAGGCUUUGGCGAAGGCCCGAGCCGAGGAGGAGGCCGCCGCCAAGAAGGCCAGAAAGGAUCCCUCAAUCGAGGUGAACAGUCCUCGACCCGAUUCAGGAGGUGGGGGGACGCAUGUCUCGGUCCACCCUUCAGACUUCGAGCCUGUUCGGAGUCCGGGGUACGAACCGGGGGCCUCUCACCAUUCUCCGACCGAGCGCUCUUUAUCCGAGGCACCGGUCCCGUUUACGCAAAUGUCCAAGACGGACAAGAAGAAGAGGAUCUCCGACGCACUUGAGAUCCUAUGUACUCAAACCGACCGGGACCACAUCAAUGAGGUCAACCCGAGGAAUGAGUCGAGUGAGCUCUUCCGCUCUUGGAUGGACUUUUCCAUCCGGAUGACCAAGGUAGCCGAAGACCGGCUCGCCCUGGUACAAGAGGUCUCGGACCUGAAGCAGGCGGCUCGGUCGCACUUUGAUGAGGUAUACCAGGCCAAGGAGGCCAAACGAUUGGCCGAGCUGCGCUUGGAGGAGGCCAACAAAAAGAUCGAUGAGGGCGAGGCGGCCUGGAACAAAGAGAAGAAGGAUUGGCAGAUCGAAAGGACCAACCUCUCUCUUGCCAAGGAAAACGCCGAGUCCGCCAAAGCUACGGCGCGAGCCAAGAGCACAGCUCAGAGCAGCCGAGAAGGAUUUGGAGGAGGUCCGGCUCAAACUUUCAACAGCCGAGGCUCAACUGAAAGAAGCCCAAGCGGCUGUUUCUCGCUCUCAGGAGGAGUGGUUCCAAGCUUGGCAGAAGUCGGAUGA